GAACCAGCCAAGUACAGCUGUUGAUUCGUACAUGAGCUAGACUGAAACGUUGGAAACAAGAGACUUACAAAAAUGCGUUUUGCCACCUCCAUGACCAUUUUCUUCCUUGCCGCAGCCGCCCAGGCCAGCGUCGCCCAGCAGGACGAACCUUACGCCAUAGCCGCGCGGGCCGACACGGACGAGCCCGUGGCCACGCUGGAGAAGAAGGAAGAGACAGGUUUGGAUAAGAGGGCCUGCAAGUACAACGGGUGCAAGUGCGACAGCAAGAACAAGCAACUCACCGUCUGCGGCAACUGCGUCUGGAGCCGCGACAGAGGUUAUGUCGUGACGAGCAAGAGGAUCGCCAAUCACAUUUACGAGUGCUCGCCCAGCGGCAGAUGCUGCGACUACGGUGUCGCCCAUGACUGCGGCUCCCUCUCUGCUCGGUGCAUUGUGAACUAAGUGGGUGGCGGCCACUACACUUAUUGUCUGAAGGGGUCAGAGAAAGGAGGAGAAUGAGCUGUCAUCUCGGGUUCGCGGCAAAAGUUGUGUUUGAAGGUGUCGUCUCAAGUCUGUAUUUACCUCGAGUCACUCGCUCAAGUUGGCUUAGAUCGUGGGAUUUGAUUCACUGAAGUUGCAGAGGAAACAAAAAUCGGUAAAAAACCAUUGGAGGCAAUUAUAGUUCCAUGCAGGAGUGAAGUGCGUAAAGUUGCAUGUUCCUGGUUCGAGACACUUAUAAGGCAAGACGAGG